CAUUAAGUCCAUGAUGCUUCCUUCCAACAUGUUGAUAACCAUGCUAAUUGAAGGACGAAUGAUGGACAAAAGUACAGCAGAUGUAGCUUCAGAUGGGUAUCACAAAUAUAAGGAAUAUGUCAAGCUGAUGGCUGAAUUGGGAUUGGACUCCUACAGAUUCUCCAUCUCUUGGUCAAGACUUCUUCCGAAUGGAAGAGGAUUUGUGAAUCCUAAAGGUCUGCAGUUCUACAACAACUUCAUCGAUGAGCUAGUGAAAUAUGGUUAGUCUUCCCUUUAAAUAUACAUCA